GUUAGGUAUGCUCUUGAAUAAAUACUUAUAAAUCUUAAUGCAUUUCGUAUAAAAACUCAAAUUUAAUUUGCUCAUUGUACAGUAAGAGGAAAAGGCACACUAAAGUAGUUUUAUGUCGAAUGAGACCAGUGGCUUUUACUAGUUUGCAAAAAUCGUUUUUUACUGAACACUGUUUUUAUGUAACGUUACAGUUUAUAAACUGUUCGGUAAUAAGUUCGGGGUUUAUUAAGAUGUAAAAACCUGUGCGGCCUUAACGAAACAAUUUUCUAGAACGUUCGAUGCUCACGUGUCGUUCACAUGGAAAUUAACAACACGAUAAAUUAAGAUGGCGUAACUAACAAGCAGUUACCUUAUUUUGUCUUUUUAUUUUGUGUAUGCUCAAAUCGCAUCGUCCACAUAUCUCUUAGUGGCCCAUAUGUGACAGUGAUAGCACAGGACUGCACAGUUCAAAAGAACGCAGGUGCUCAAUGUACCAACAUCUCAGAUCUUUACACACAAACAGAACAUCACUGUUGAUGACAAGAAUUUUGAAAAUCUGUCUGAAAUCAGGAAUUCCUGAAUGUUCUGAGGGAAAGUUGACAUCAAAGUACCCAUCAUCUUAUGAAGCCAGCAUGGAGUCCAAAAGGAAAGAGAUGGUGGAAGAAAUGAAGAAACGUCGUCUUAACGUUGCACUGAUAGCCCGGAACAUGAAUUCUACAUUUGCCUUGCGUAGAAAGGAAUUGAUAGAGAAGGAGCCUGCUGUGAAGAAUACAGUGGAAAGGUGGCCAGCCCUCUUCACACAUAGUCAGAUCAUGGCAGAGUUUAAUCGUAUAUCAGGCAAAAACCUGCAAACUGAAUUCUUUCAAAAACUGGACAGAUUUACUCCACGUUUCAUCGAUAUCUUCAGGGCUAAAGGUGGAGACAUUGGUUCCAAACUUAAGAAGAUUCUGCAGCAGAUUGAAAAUGACAAAUCAAACAUCAAUGCGGGACGAACAGCCAUUCUUCACGGCCUACCACUCCUCCUCGGAGAGGACCCCUCCGAUUUUUACAAGACAUGUUUUGACUGUGAUGACAAUGAAGACAUGUCGGACGUUGAAAUCGGUAUUCUGACAGUGAUUAACCCGAGGGCUCUGCAACUGUACACUACUCCCUGCAUUUUGGUGCCACAACAACGGCAAUCAUUUUGGAAGGUACAGUGUUUGUGGAUGAUCUUGAAAAUCUUCCACAAGCAACGUGUCUGCUCUUGGACUAAUUUAUGCUCUAAACUUAGAGUAUCCUGCAGCACUGAAAUGCACAUUCGACUUCAUACAAAGAGUGAUUUUGUCCCUUGGCCACAAGUCACUCAAAUCUUAAAUCCAAUCACUGAAAAAUCGCCUGAUGCAGUAAUAGAUCAUAGCCAUGAUGCUAGUUUGAGUGAAUAGAAGCUGUCUUUAAGAAAACUAAAGAAAUUGUUGAGUACUGUUUUACAGGUACUUCAGUUUUUUCCAAUUGUUGAAAAAAAA